GCCGACGGACGGACGGGCUGGCAGCGCGUCCCCCCCAGCCCCGUGCUCCCGGGCCGUAUCCUCCGGCUGCCCGCCUCCCCAUUGUUCCCGGUGUAAGAUAGCUGAAGCGUGCCGACCUGCGAGCAGUCACUCCGUUCGAUUUUAUUUUUGAAUAACCUUCUCAGAGUCUCCUCUCGGCUGCUCGGAGGAAGCUUUUGCAAGGCACCCUCUUCUCCCCAGCGUUGGGAGCUGCUAACAAGUGCCAUUCUGGAAGUGGCUUGGCAGAGGAAGGGGGACCAGUAGGAGUUAAGGAGAAAUUAGUUGGGCUUCAAACACUUUCACUCUUCAUGGUCUUUCCUUCCCCAAUUCCUGCCAAACCUCAGCUGGGGUAAUUGCACUUAAGAAUGAACAUUGAAGACAAGCUGGGAGGAUUAUUUCUUAAAUGUGGUGGCAUAGACCAAAUGCAGUCAUCCAGGGCUAUGGUAGGGAUGGGUGCAGUAUCUGACCAGUCUGGAGUAUCGAGAGAACGGCAAGAGGCAGUGCUUCAAGAUCGGACUAUGCCGCACCAAGAAAUUCUUGCAACAGAUGAAGUGUUACAGGAAAGUGAACUUCGACAGCAAGAGAUGAUUUCACAUGAUGAACUCAUGGUCCAUGAGGAGACGGUAAAAAAUGAUGAUGAAAUGGAUGCGCAAGAUAGACUUCCUCAAGGGCUGCAGUAUGCUGUUAAUGUCCCUAUCAGUGUAAAGCAAGAAAUUACCUUUACUGAUGCAUCUGAACAACAGAAACGAGACAAAAAACAAAUACGAGAGCCAGUAGAUUUGCAGAAAAAGAAGAAAAGAAAACAGCGUUCACCAGCAAAAAUCCUUACAAUAAAUGAGGAUGGAUCACUUGGUCUGAAAACCCACAAAUCUCAUGUUUGUGAGCAUUGCAAUGCUGCCUUUAGAACCAACUACCAUUUACAGAGACAUGUCUUCAUUCAUACAGGUGAAAAACCAUUUCAGUGCAGUCAGUGCGACAUGCGUUUCAUACAGAAGUACCUGCUACAGAGGCAUGAGAAGAUUCAUACUGGUGAAAAGCCAUUUCGUUGUGAUGAAUGUGGUAUGAGGUUUAUUCAGAAGUAUCACAUGGAAAGGCACAAAAGAACUCACAGUGGAGAGAAGCCUUACCAGUGUGAAUAUUGUUUGCAGUAUUUCUCCAGGACCGAUCGUGUGCUGAAACACAAACGUAUGUGCCAUGAGAACCGCGAGAAGAAACCGAACAGAAGUGCCACCAAAGUUGGCUUUUUGCCAUCGGAGGAAGAUUCUGGUUUCUCAACGCCUAUGAAAGACAGCUCCUUGCCAAAGAAGAAAAGGCAGAAAACAGAGAAAACAAAAUCUGGGGAUAAGGAAAGUUCAGAUAAAUCGGAACACAAGAAGGACAAAAAUGACUAUUUGCCUUUGUACUCUUCCAGUACUAAAGUAAAAGAUGAAUAUAUGGUAGCGGAGUAUGCUGUUGAGAUGCCACAUUCUUCGGUCAGUGGAACGCACUUAGAAGAAGCAAAUUCUGGAGAAAUACACCCACCUAAGCUUGUUCUCAAAAAGGUUAACAAGAGGAGCCUAAAACAGCCACUCGAGCAAAGUCAAACCAUUUCACCUUUGUCUACAUAUGAAGACAGCAAGGUUUCAAAGUAUGCCUUCGAUCUUGUGGAUAAGCAAAGUUUACUGGACUCUGAAGGUAAUGCUGACAUUGAUCAGGUGGACACAUUACAGGAAGGGCCCAGUAAACCUGUACACAGCAGCACUAAUUAUGAUGAUGCAAUGCAGUUCUUAAAGAAAAAGAGGUAUCUACAAGCAGCCAGUAACAACAGUCGAGAAUAUGCCUUGAAUGUAAGUACCAUAGCAUCUCAACCUUCAGUAACACAGGCAGCUGUGGCCAGUGUCAUUGAUGAAACUGCUACAGCCUCAAUAUUAGACACACAGGCGCUGAAUGUUGAAAUUAAAGGUAACCAUGACAAAAAUGUCAUUCCAGAUGAGGUACUGCAAACUCUGUUAGAUCAUUAUUCACACAAGGCUAAUGGACAACAUGAGAUCUCUUUCAGCGUGGCUGACACGGAAGUGACCUCCAGUAUAUCAAUCAAUUCCUCUGAAGUAUCUGAGGUCACCCAAUCUGAGACGGUUGGAACAAGCUCUCAAGCUUCCUCAUCAGAUAAAGCUAGUAUGUUACAGGAAUAUUCAAAGUUUUUACAACAAGCUUUGGACAGAACUAGCCAAAAUGAUGCCUAUUUGAACAACCCAAGCCUUAAUUUUGUGACUGAUAACCAGACUCUUACAACCCAGCCAGCAUUUCCUUCCAUGGAGAAGGUCUACACAUCUAUACCUGUCAAUAGCUUUCGAUCAGGAAUGAACUCUCCAUUAAGAACAACUCCAGACAAGUCUCAUUUUGGACUAAUGGUUGGUGAUUCGCAGCACCCUUUUCCCUUUUCAGGUGAUGAGGCAAAUCAUUCUUCUUCCUCCUCUACACAGGACUUCUUGGAUCAAGUAACUUCUCAGAAGAAAGCAGAGGCACAGUCUGUUCAUCAAGCAUAUCAAAUUAGCUCCUUUGAGCAGCCCUUUAGAGCUCAGUACCAUGGGGCAAGAGCUGGAAUAUCAUCUCAGUUUAGCACUGCCAAUGGACAGGUGAACCUUCGGGGACCAGGGACAAGUGCUGAUUUCCCAGAAUUUCCCUUGGUGAAUGUAAAUGAUAGCAGAGCUGGGAUGACUUCUUCACCUGAUGCCACAACGGGCCAGACUUUUGGCUAAGAAAUCUUUGUAAAUAAUACUGGCACUUUAGAACACACUUGUCAAAAGGGGGUUGCUCUGUAAAAGAUGGAGUUCUGUACAGCUUUUAAGAGCGCUAUGUUAAAACAAAAGUAAGCUGAUAUUAGCAAGACCAAUAACUGCUUCUUUCUUUUUUUUUCCUUUUUCUUUUUUUUUUUUUAAAUUUUUCGGUUAGCCACCAGUAAUUGAACUGCCUGAUGUUGGUGCCCCUAUCAAAGGCAGUUUAUUAUUCACUUGUUCGAGUCCAGAAAAUAUUUUACCUUCUAUGAAAUUUAAAAUAAAAAAAAUCCCCAGGUAAGACUUUCCCCCAUGAUUGUUUCCUUGCUGGUUUCCUUGUAUACUUUGGGAGGACAGUUAUUGUCUGAUAUUAUUCACAUUGUCAUUUCUAAGCUUGUCAGCAUAGUCAUUGCUCUUCAGCAGGGAAUCAACAUGUACUAAACACACAGAAUAAACAAAUAAGUUUCAAAGGUCAAGCAAAAAUGGCUUUAAAAGAUGGCGUUUUCUAGAAGAAUAAUCUUCAGUCUCUCAAAAAAAGUUUUAGAUCAUGUGCCCUUUAUUUCUGCUUUGCAUUACCUUGAGUUGUGUUUGGAGGGAAAAAAAAUGAAUUCUAAUAGACUAACUCUACUAUUUAAAAUUCUAAUUAAUUUAAAAUACUUUAAACACUUUUUUUAAGCAGAAUGCCUAACUGCUAAAGCCUUUACUUCAUUCCUGAAGUAAUAUGUAUUUCUUUGUACAGCUGAAUCUAGAUGUAACUUUUUAAUGACUUUUUCAUACACAGAUACCAAGAUUUUGGAGUUUUAGUUAAAAUACUCUAUAGAUGACAUUCCCAAUUGCAAAAUGCUUACACAAACUGUGUAUUCCAAGAUUUAAAAGCUUAAUUGUACCUUACCCUCCGUACUCAUAACGAUUAACAUAGAGCACUUAGCCAACUUGAUAGUUUUCGAUUUCUCAAAAAAUAAAACCAUUUUGAGAUUUUCAGGUUUGAUACGGUUGCAUCAUUUUCAUCUCACACAGCUCCAGUAAUUCUCUUCAAUACACUUGAGACUGGGUAUCCUUAGCUUCUCUAAAAACUGUUUUGAUUCUCUGUCUGGCAUUUUGACAAUUCAGACCAUUAAAUUUAUUGAAGUAUCCCUGAAAGCUGAAGAAGCAGGCAUUCAGAUUCCCUACCUUUUUAGUGUUUGCUUAGUGAAAGUCAUUACAAUUUUACCAACCCCAAACCGGUGAACGAUGCUAGUGAACAGGAUUUCUUUUUCCAGCCUAGGAGAGUGAUCAGAAGUUUUCGUUGCAUUUCACAGUAUAAAUAAACGACAAAGUUUAUCCCUGUACCACGAAUAUGUUUUUUUGAAUAGUACUUUGUCUUGAAGUAUACGGUAUGGUACGAUAAGUAGUUCUGUGUGCAUUUUUAAGGUGGUAAGAUUUGAGUAGCCUAACUAUUGUGUAGUUUAAGUUAACAAGUUACAGAUUUUUGAACUGUAAUGUUCAUUCUAUUGCACCUUCCCUAAAGGGACACUGUCUGGUAGUUUAAGGCAGUUUAAGCCUCAUGUAGGCUGAUUAACCAGGGAAAAACACACACACACACACACACACACAUAUGGGUAGGUAUGUAUAUGGUGAUUUUUUAAAAAUAGGAUUGCAUACAUGCUUUUACAGUGCUGUUGCUAACUGGUAUCUCUCAGAGAAAGCCAUCAGAUAGGAGAAAAGACUGCAUCUCAAGGGGCUGAAAUAUAUUCUGUCUUUUAAGAAAGGACUUGAACGGGACCUAGAACAAUUCUCAUCUCUUCUGAAAGCAGUAGCAAUAUUUUUCUUAAUUUUCAUUACCAGGAAACUGAUCCCACUCUUUAUCUUUUCCCCCCUGAUAGCACUAGUACAGCACUAACUUCACUUGGUACAGUUGAGGGAGAAAGGGUAUUUAUUUUAUCCACAGCUUGCUUCUCUUAUUGGCAAGAAAUACAAUUUAUGUAAACUUAUUUCUUAAUACUUUUGUAUAAGAAAACAGGUUCUGUUUUGAUUUGUUGACCCCUCUGUAUAAUACAAUAAGGUGUUUCAGUGUGCUAUGACUUACCAAUAGUUUUGCCCAAAUAUUUGUCCCCAAGUUAAAGAGCAGGCAUUAGGAGAGAAAAGUAAAUUCCUUUUGGAUUAUUGAUGAUACAUUUAAAGAAAUUUCUUUGAAAGAAUAUUUUUAAACUGAUUCUGGUUUUCUUCCUUUAUGGUCAGUUUGGUUUUUUCACUUUCUAUUCUAUGUUGCACAGAAAUAACAUAUAUGCCCCCUAUAUCCCAGGAAGCCACUUCUUGUAAUGCAUAUUUUGAGUGUUUCAUUUCCAUGACAUCUUUGCUUGUGCUGCCUGAAUAAUACUGUGUUGGCAUCUUUGCUCUCAUGCCCUGAUGCUGCAAGUAGAUGGCCAUUAAUUGUACUAUUUGUUGAAUACAGCAAGGAACAGAAGGGAAAAAAAGGCCAGGUUAUUACUGCACUGCCCUGGCCCCAUAGGGAGGUAAGAGGAAUAAAGCCUCCUUCUCCCUAAGGGGGCUGACUCAGCUUUAUUUGAAAAGGUUACUGCACUGAUACUCUGCUGGGAGAAGGUGAUUUAGGAGUUAGGGAGAGUCGCUCUCACUCCAUCCCAUCUCCACACAGGAAUUGCUCCAUAGGAGCACGAGGGAGCAAGCUGUUGUACAGAGUGAAGGAACUUGCUCUUCCUGCAGCCAAAUGGGAAUCACCUGAGGAAAUGUUAUCCCUUACGUCAGAACUCAUUCCCUAGCCUGCUGCUGAGCCAUUCCAGCUACACUCUGUGCCUUAGGACAGGCUGUGAAGUCCCCAUCUAAGCCACAGGGACUAUCCCAUAGGGUUCUUCCACAUGUACAAUUAAAAGUGAUGUGAGUAGUUGAUCCGCUGAUGCGUGAAGCUUUCUGCACUGGAGGAGUUAGCCAAAUAUACUGCUAUGAUUUAGGUUUAACUCAGUAAAAAGCUCUUGCUUAUUUAAUAAUGACAUUAUUUUAUUUAAUAACAUCUUUCACCGCUCACGUUUUGCUGCUUUUAAUCUACAGAUGCUCAUUCUUCAUGUUGAUCUGGGCACUGUUCGUUUUUUUAGGUUUUCAUGUAUGUUCGGAAAAAAGCAGCUUUGGUUUUCUGCUCUGUUCUUGUACUGAUGCUGUUCAGUCAGUCAGCACAAGGCUGGGGUGAGUGUGUGUAUUCCCCUGAGCCAACAACAGACAUUCUUAAUGAAAGGUCAUGUAAGCACCAAAUGUGUGUGUGUGUGUGUAAGGUGGACAUUUUGGGGAUAUCUACUAGUGAUAGAGCAGUGAUAAUUUUAAAAAAAGAGGAAACUGAUGACAUUUAUUAACAAACUAUAUAUAUACACAAUACAUGUGUAUAUAUAUAUAUAUAUAUAUAAAAAUAUAUACGCACUUAUUAAUAGGCCAUAUUUUGGUCCUAAAUUACUUGACAGUGUCCCUUUUAGCAUGAAUCUGUUGAUAUGUUUUACCAUUAAUAUAACAGACAAUGAAGGAAUCAGCUUGUAAUGGUAUACUAAUAGGCAUUUACAUUUUCUUCCUUUGAUUUGAGAAUGAAUUAAUCAUAAAUGACAAGUUUUGGGGAGAAGGAUUAACCAUGUGUAUUACUGUAUGUUGGUUUACGAAUAACAACAUAAACAAUUUCAAUUGGACGAUAAAAGAACCAUGUUUAUGAUCUUGUGUCUCCUAGUGUUGUCUUUAGGAAAACUGUGUUUCAAGAAGAAAAUAGGACAAGGAAGUAUUCAUGUGAAAUAACAACUUGUAUUAUUUUUAUAUUAUACUUGUCAGUUUUUUGGAUGACGGGAGCUUUUCAUUGUUAAUUGAGAAGUACAGUAAAAUCUUGCUAAUUCGCUGACUUCUAAACAGAGCAUCCAGUAGGUUUCUACAUCCCUGAUGGUCUCUUCCCACCUCUCUGCAAUGGUCUAAAACAUGCUGUAGCGAGGUCUCAUACAAUAAUACUGUACUACUUCACCCAAGUAUACUACAGCAUCUACAUUAGUAUACUGGGAGAUAGAAGGAGUAUUGAAAACUAAAUUACAGUUGUCAAAAUAAAUGAACAAAGUACAUUUUGUGAUGUGACAUCCUUGCUUUUGUUGCCUGCUUCUUCGCUAUUUUCAAAAUUGUCAUUUUUAAAGGGUUUCUAAGACAUUGCUGCGAAUUAUUGGGGUUCUACUGUAACUUUUGGAGUUUAUUCUAAAGUAUUCAUGUUCUCCUAUGAAAACUUUCCACUUGGACAGAUACAUUAUAUUCCACGCUUGAUCAGAAUAUUUUUAUAGUAUUUGUAUCAUGUGUAGUAACUAUUUGAAAUGAACCAGAAUAUUUGGAUGAAUUCACUCUGAAUUUUGCAGCAUUGGAUUACUUUAUGUAUGUAUAUUUGCUAACUAAAUUUUCUUGGCUUUGAGAGCUUUGAUUUUUAUUCUUCUUUGUUUGCUUGUUUUAAUACCAUUACAAAUUGCAGGGAAAAAUCCUGAUACUCCUGGGAAUCCGGUUGGAAAUGUUAACAGGCAGGAAUAUGCUUAUGCCGUCGGUACCAGUACGCAUGUGAACUUUCAAAUUACAUGGUUGGUACUGAAGCAAAUGAAUAAUGCCACAGUUUCCUAGAGUUAAAAUGUUUUACUAAAAUGAAGCCUUGUAACUUUGAAAGUUCAUUCGACUUAUGGUAAUGCAUGUUUAUGUUAGGCAUGUAAUGCAUUUAGCUGAAACUCACUUUGCAAAGGACAAGCACUAAGAAAGUAUUACUGCUAAUGAAAAGAUGUGUCNUUUAAACUUUUCUUCAAGUUUAAUUUGCUUUGUGUCAGGGAAAUAAAUUUAUAGUCGCUUUUGCUCUACUCGACCUACAAAACCUUCUGUUUCCUUUCUAAAAUUACAUCUUUUGGUAGGAAACACAAACUGAGGCAAGCAAACAUUUCUAAGACUUGUUUCUUGCUUUCCUUAAUCCAAUGGAUGGAAAGGUAAUAUUGUGUAAACAACAUUAUUUUAUUUUUUUAUGCAAUACCAUGCUGUAAAUAUGAUUUAUCAAAUAAGGAUGUACCUAUGAUUGAAUCUUUGAUUCUGCACAGCUAGAGUUUAUAUAUAAAUAUAAAUGUGUCUUGACAAUCAAGGACUUAUGUCAGUCUUCCUUUAUGACGUUUCUUAUUGUUAUGCAUUCCAUUUGUUUGACUUGAGUAUUUGUAUUGUCUGUAAAGUAUGUAAUGUUUUUAUAGCUUGUUUAAAACAAACAAAAAAGCCUGUAAAUAUGAACUGAUCACAGUACUGCUCUGUUAGAAGGCAUAAGAUGAUGUACUGUUUGUAAGCAAUAAUACAUGACAGUGCUAACUUGACAAGUAGCAUAAGGUUAAGUUCCAAAAAUACCUUUGGGAGUUAAUAGCCUUGUUUGAGUUAAUGAAUAUUCUUAAUCAUUUUUUUAUAAAUAAAUUCAAACGUCCUCCUGCUGGAAUAUAUAACAUUGUUUACACAGCACAAUUUCAGUCACAGAGAGGACAGUCUUUAGAUCUAUGGCUUCAUCCGUACACACUUUGAGUAAGAAAUGAAUGGCUUGGCUGCACUUCUGCGAGAUGAGGAAGACUGCAAAAGUUGAAUAGCUGUGUCUCUAAAGGAUGAGAGAUACUAUUCUGUUUCUGUGCUGAUUCCUGACAGUUCCUCUACUUAAUUUGGAGUCUUUAAGUCCUGAUAUUGAACUGGUGAGACUGGGGCCUCCCAUAGAAAGGAGUAGUUCUCUUCUUAUUUCAUAUGCAGAUAAACAGUGAACUUAGGAGUCACCUCGUCAUUUGAGUUGCAUAUUUUUCAAAUUAUGAGCUAUGAGAUGUUGAGAUGGGUUUAUUCUGAUAAAUAAACUAAAUGUCAAACUUAUAGUUUGAAUCGAAUAGGUAUUAGACUGUACAGAGCAGCAUAACUAUUUGAACAGUCAUCACUGCUUUAGAACCUCCCCCCCAAUUUAUAAAUGUAUAUGACCUACAUUUUAUAGAAAAAGAAAUGUUUUUAAAUGCUAGUCAUUUAUAUAAUAUGUGCUUUGAAGGAUUUGCUAGUCCACUUCUGUCACUUUUAGUACACUGGUAUCUUUUAUAUGUAAUGUAUGCUUUUUAUUAUUAUAAUUAUUAUAAUUAUUAUUAUUGUAGUAAAACAUUUCAGUAGGAGGAAUUUUGCAACAGUAUGAGGGGUUGAAAUUUUCAUUGUCAGAAAUGAAUUAUACUGGACUUUGUCUUU